AUGAAAGGAUUUUUGUCACUUGUUCUCGUCUCCAUCGCUCUCCUGCAGACAGCAGCAGCAGCACCCAUUGUGUUAGAGCGCUCCCAAGCCGUUGAGGGCGAGCAGAAUAUCGGGAAGCGCGGUUCCUUUACCUUCGGGUACCUUGCGUGUGACGAGCUUGACUUGGAGGUCGAAGAUGUCGAGAAGCGCAGCACCAACUCGUGA